AUGGGCUUUCUCCGGCGACUCUUUGGCGCCAAGAAACCGGGUCCUCCCACCGACGGUUCAGCUACCAAAUCUGACAAAGACAGCAACAAAAGAAGAUGGACCUUCGCAAAACAAAGCAGUAGGAGAAAGUCACUCCCACCACCACCGCCACAACCACCACCGCCCUCCGCCUUCACUCAAUUUGACCCCUCCACUUCCUUAGAACGCAACAAACAUGCAAUUGCUGUUGCGGCUGCCACUGCAGCCGUCGCCGAGGCAGCUCUCGCCACCGCACAUGCCGCUGCGGAGGUUGUCAGACUGACAAGCAACGGCGCGGGAAGUAGCUCCAAAGCGCGUGGUGCCAGCCAGCCACGGUUGCCGGAGGAUACCGCCGCCGUUAGAAUACAGUCAGCUUUCCGCGGUUACUUGGCGAGGAGGGCGUUGAGAGCGCUAAAAGCAUUGGUGAAGUUGCAAGCAUUGGUUAGGGGCCACAUUGUGAGAAAGCAAAGUGCGGAUAUGCUAAGGCGCAUGCAAACAUUGGUUCGACUUCAGACGCAAGCACGCGCGACUCGUGCGCACCACUUGUCAUCGGAUAAUUUGCAUUCUUUCAAGUCUUCACUUUCUCAUUACCCUGUUCCGGAAGAAUAUGAGGACCCGCACUCACAUCGCGUCUGUAGUACGAAAUUCGGUGGAUCUUCCAUUCUCAAGAGAUGUAGUUCGAAUGCAAAUUUUAAGAAGAUCGAGUCGGAGAGACAACGGAUUGGCUCCAAUUGGUUAGACCAUUGGAUGCAAGAUAACUCAGAUACUUGGAAGCCACACGAGUCUCCGUUGAAACACUCAACAAAACCUCAAAAUCAAACUCCCUCAUUCAAGUUUCACAAAGGAAAAGACCAAGAAACAGCAUCGCGGACAGCUGAUAAUAGUCCACAAACAUUCUCCGCGUCUUUAAAAACCGGAAACAGUGUAAGAAGAGGUAAUCCUUUUACACCUACAAGAAGUGAAUGUUCAUGGAGUUUCUUAGGAGGUUACUCCGGUUACCCUAAUUUCAUGGCGAACACCGAAUCCUCUAGGGCUAAAGUUCGAUCGCAAAGUGCACCUAGACAAAGACAUGAGUUUGAGGGAUACAUUUCCUCUAGAAGACCUUUUCAAGGUCUUUGGGAAGUAGGGUCUACUAAUUCAGACCAAGAUUCUGAUUCAAGGAGCAAUAGAGUCUCACCAUCUUUGAGCCGUUUCAAUAGAACUGGAAGUAACAAUUUAAGGUGA